AAUUGAAUCCUUUUGAUUCUUUUAUAACUACUAGCAGUAUUAUUUACUGAAUUAACCAAGCAAACAAACAAAAGAAGCUACAAAUUGUAAAUAACACAGCGCAUAACAUUUAACAAACGAAAUGAUUUGAUUUGCUUCUCUCUCUCUCAGAGUUUCUGGUUGAUUUUCUCGUGAAUCAAACGGGGAAGAAGCAAGACGAACAAAAUCUCAAGCUAAUUCAUUCGUCCUGCUACUGCUACUGCUACUGCAGCAGCUACUUACUCCGACUGAUCGAUCCCUGAGUAUGAGGCUUCCUUCCCCUAGUCCCGUUGAACCGAGGCACCGACUAUCCACUCAAACUGAUGAGACAAGCAAGAGGAGAUCUCUGAGAAAUCGAGAUACCAAAGAUCUCGAGAAGGGAGCCUCCUUUCAGUAUAGAAACUGGACUGCCAAGUUCUCUACUCUCAAACUUGUGUUGCUUCUCAUUCUCCUUGGAACUCUCUAUACUCUCUUCCGUUCACCAGCUGUUCACAUUCCAGAUCAUCCCUACUCCAAUAAUAACAACUCUAGAUGGACGAUAGAGUCAACUGCACUUGAUCCUCGCUAUGUAUCUACAGCUGAGAUUAACUGGGACCAUAUCUCAGACGUUGUGGAGAAACUGACGGGAAAGAGCGAGUACCAAGGAGUUGGAUUUAUAAACCUUAACGAUGAUGAGAUUGCUCAAUGGAAGAAUCUGAUACCUGACUGCGACCAUGUUGCGCUGCAUUUAGACCACAUGGCGAGUAACAUAACUUGGGAGUCUUUAUACCCUGAAUGGAUCGAUGAAGAGGAACAGUUCGAAGUCCCCACUUGCCCUUCUCUUCCUUGGAUUCGAGUUCCUGGAAAGCCUCGUCUUGAUCUUGUAGUCGUCAAGCUUCCGUGCAACAAAGCAGGGAAGUGGUCGAGGGAUGUCGUUAGAUUGCAUUUGCAGCUUGCGGCUGCUCGUGUGGCUGCUUCUUCUAAAGGGCUUCACGAUGUGCAUGUGCUUUUGAUUACUGAUUGCUUUCCUGUUCCUAAUCUUUUUGUUGGAAAGGAGCUUGUUGCCCGUCAAGGCAACCUGUGGCUCUUCAAGCCUGACCUUCAUAUGCUGAGGCAAAAGGUACAGCUGCCUGUUGGUUCCUGUGAACUUACAGUUCCUCUUAAAGCUAAAGAUACUUUCUACUCAGCAAGUGCAAAGAGAGAAGCAUAUGCCACCAUACUGCACUCUGCUAAUUUUUAUGUCUGUGGAGCCAUAACAGCGGCACAGAGCAUUCGGAUGGCUGGCUCUACACGAGAUCUUGUGAUACUUGUUGAUGACUCGAUAACUGAGUACCAUAGAAGUGGCCUGGCUGCCGCUGGAUGGAAGAUUUAUUCUAUUCAAAGGAUAAGGAAUCCGAAAGCUGAAGCAGAAGCAUACAACGAAUGGAACUACAGCAAGUUUCGUCUUUGGCAAUUGACUGAGUACGACAAGAUCAUCUUCAUUGAUGCUGAUAUGCUUAUCCUUAGGAACAUUGACUUCCUCUUUGAGAUGCCCGAGAUAUCUGCCACCGGAAACAACGCGACCCUCUUCAACUCCGGUGUGAUGGUGGUUGAGCCGUCAAACUCCACAUUUCAGCUACUUAUGGAUCACAUCAAUGAGAUCGUGUCGUACAAUGGAGGAGACCAAGGCUACCUUAACGAAGUCUACACGUGGUGGCAUCGGAUCCCGAAACACAUGAACUUUCUGAAGCAUUUCUGGGAAGGUGACGAGCCUGAGAUAAAGCAGAUGAAGACGCGUCUCUUCGGAACUGACCCUCCUAUUCUCUACGUCCUUCAUUACCUUGGUAACAAACCUUGGCUAUGCUUCAGAGACUAUGACUGCAACUGGAAUGUCGACAUUCUGCAGGAGUUUGCAAGCGAUGUAGCUCACAGAACCUGGUGGAAAGUGCACGACGCCAUGCCUGAGAACUUGCAGAAAUUCUGUCUGCUGAGAUCGAAACAGAAGGCGCAACUGGAAUGGGACAGGUUGCAAGCUGAGAAAGGAAACUACACGGAUGGACAUUGGAAGAUUAAGAUCAAAGACAAGCGACUAGAGACUUGUAAUGAAGACUUCUGCUACUGGGAGAGCAUGCUUUGGCACUGGGGUGACAAGAACUGGACUGACAAUUCUACUAACUCUUUAUCACCACCACCACCACCACCAGCACUUAAAACUCCUCUUUCUUCACUGUAAGCUCUGUUAUUUCUUUACCGUAUAGUUAUAUUUUUCUGGGUAUACAACAGUCAUAGUUCCUCUAUAGAUGUCGAGUUCCAUACCUUUAAUGAACCCAGUGAAUGAAUCUCAUGUUGUGCACUGAA